AUGCAUUACAGAAAAAAAGCAACAUGUGAAGGUCGCGUUGAGCCUUCAGACAUUCCGAGGGAGUAUUGUGAUACAUAUGUUGUUCGAAAGCCUAUGGGAGCCCGACUGCAUAAAAGUGACUGUCGAUUCACUCAUAUCGACGGCAACUCGGCACUGAUUGGAAAGAUUUUUGUUGGCGACAUCAUUGUUGCAUUGGAUGGCCAGAUUAUUAAGAGUAUUGGUGAACUAUUCCAGAAACUGAGAGAACCUACACAGAAAGUUGCCGUAAAGAUUAGACAUGGAAUGUGGUCAUGGUGUCAGCAUCGAUGUACGACACUGGAACGAAUUCAAAUGGAUAAAGAUACCGAGAAAGUUACCGGAAGACCGAUUGAUCUUUAUUAUAUAGUGAUUCAAAUGUGUAGCGCUCCUGAAUCAUCAAGCGUUCAAUUGGGUCUACACGUGAAAUACGACGCAAGGGAACGAUUACAGGUACACAAUGUGGAUUAUGCGAGCAUAGCGGCAGUGCAUCUGCGACCAGGCGAUGUCAUCCGUGAAGUAAAUGAUAAGCCAGUAGCUAGUAAGACUAUGCUCAAGUACUACAUCACGGAAGCAGUCGUGAAAGGACGACAAAUACGUUUUCUUGUUGAGUGCCCAUCGGGUGAAGCAUAUCGUGAUGCGUCUGACAUGGCACCAGAUGUUGCAGAAAUCGCAAUGAAACAGAUAGAAUUCCUGAAGAAAAAUCAACAAAAUAGUGCACUGCAAAGUGUUUAUUCAAGUGAACGUGCUAAAAAGAGUGUAAGCAUUGCUACAAGAGAAUGUUCAGAGGUUGAAAUCGCAGCCGACUUUGAUCCAACAAAACUUCGUCCAUGUAAAAACGCGAAAUGA